AAUUGGCGGGAGAUAGAUGUACCUUACCACCACAAACCAACUAACAAGUAAUAACGGUUGAGUUACUAAUUGGCGGGAGAUAGAUAUAUAUACCUUAGCAAAAACCCAAACCCAAAGCCCCCUGUUGUCCUCGGUUUACUUUCUUCGUCUUCUUCUUCUUUCUUAGCAAAUAGCAACCAAAACAUGUGGGAACUUAAACCAGAUUGGUACUCCCCGACUCGCCUCCCCAGCGACCCCACCACCCAAUACGACUUUCCGGGAGACCGGUUCAUACCGAAUAGGAGUUUGAUGGAUCUUGAUCAAGCCCACUGUUUGUUGACAACCACCACCAAGAAAGUUUUCAAUCCCAACUUUAAUGAAGUAUACCGACAGAAAUUGAAGGACAAGCUGACCUUGGAUUCGGAAGGGAGACCGUUUAGAAUGUUGGUUUUUAGGGGAAGCCCAAAAUCAAGUAGAAGAUCUAUUCGCCAUAUUGAUGAGAUGCAACGGGAAGAGGUUGAGGCAUUGGAUUAUAGUACAAAGCAGUAUCAGUUUCGGAAAUUGCCCAAUAGAGAAACUAGGAUUCUAGAUGCUCCAAACAUAAAAAAUGACUACUACCUGAAUGUCAUGGAUUGGGGGAAAAACUACAUUCUUGCCAUUGCUCUGGGCUCAGAAUUGUACCUGUGGAACUCGGAGAACGGAGGUGUACAAAAGCUGUUGCAAGUCGGUGCCAAUGAUUACCCUACAAGUCUGGCAUGGUCUGGGGACGCCAAGACAAUGGCAGUUGGGUAUAUAAAUUCCAGACUUCAAAUCUGGGAUGCCGAGACCUCUAAACUUAUUAGAAGCCUAGAAGGUCAUAAUGGCAGAGUAGCAGCCACUGGAUGGAAUGGUCACAUUCUAACAUCAGGAAGUGAGGACAAAUCCAUCAUUAAUCAUGAUGUUCGAGCCCCAAACAAUUUGACUUCCCGUAUAAAAAUACAUACUGAAGAAGUGUGUGGCUUGAAAUGGUCAAGUAGAGGCAAUACAUUGGCAAGUGGAGGCAAUGAAAAUCUCAUAUACAUAUGGGAAGCUUCCAAAAUGAGCUCAUCCAAUUUCUUGUAUCGCUUCAAUGACCAUUGCGCUGCAGUCAAGGCCCUUGCGUGGUGCCCAUAUCAGUCCGAUGUACUGGCCUCUGGAGGAGGCACAAAAGAUGGUUGUAUUAAGAUAUGGAAUACACAAAAGGGGACCUGCAUCAGCAGCAUAGAUACCAAAGCUCAGAUUUGUGGACUUGAGUGGAAUAGGCAUCACAAAGAGAUCUUGAGUGGCCAUGGCUUCGGCACAAUUGAGCAUCGGAACCAGCUAUGCUUAUGGAGGUAUCCGUCCAUGACUAAAGUAGGAGAUUUCAGGCGCCAUGCAUCCAGAGUCCUCCACCUCUGCCAGAGCCCUGAUGGUAUAACUGCGGUAUCAGCUGGGGCAGAUGAGACUCUUCGCUUUUGGGAGGUUUUUGGACCACCUACUGUUGACAAUUCGAGAAUCUCAGAUCUGGACAGUUUUUUGUCUCUGAAGACAUCCCCAUUAAGAUGAUGAGAACUGAAACGGUUGGUUUCCUCAUGCUUGGUUCUGUCUCUUCUUGUUAUUUACAUUUAAUUAUUGUACAAAAUAGCAUCAUGAUCUUUUACUCCUUUUUUUUAAAAAAAACAAAAAAUGCACAUUGAUCUUUUUAGUUCCUUUACAGAUCAACAUGUAUAUUGUACUAUCACUGUUAUGUAAAUGAGAAGAUGAAAGCACAGAAAAUUUUGUUGAAG